AUGCGUGGUCAGAUCACUCGAGGUAUCCUUGCCCUCUUGCUAGCGACGUCACUGCUACUGGUGCCCAUUCGUGCUGACGAUGAGGAAGGAGUAAUUGAUGAUGAUGAGUAUGCCGACGUUCAGCGUGCACACCUAAUCGUCCGCAAGUUUGUCAAGGAUGAGCUCGUUGUGCAAGGAAAGAACGUUACUGUGGAGAUUGACAUCUAUAACUCGGGAUUGAGCACUGCGGAUGCAGUCAAGUUCCAGGAUGUGCUCCCAGCCGAAGCCUCGCUUGUGGAAGGCUCCUUAGAAGCGGAUCUGGGUAAAGUUUCUAUUGGCAGCCACGUCAAGCACAGCUACGUUAUUGUGUUCAACACCGGCAGCGUGGAAGUCACUCUGCCGACGGCGCUUGUUACUUACGUGUCUGACUCUGAAACCAACGAGGUUACGGAGGGUGCCUCCACAGCCAUGGCGCUUUACGUUAUGACCCCUGUCCAGCAGCUGCAGCGGUACGCCCUCCAAGCGGGUGCUUAUGCGAGCCUCGGGUUCGCCCGUACCCCCUCGGACUGGCGCAACCUGGCAAUCAUCAUUGGUGUCGUGAGCAGUCUCCUCGGUGGCAACUGGGUCGUGAAGAAGGUGCAAGCCUCAAACGUGAAUCGGAAACGUGCAGCGGCUCUACGGGAGCUGGAGAAGAGCGAUUAA